AAGGGUUUAGAACGCUAAAAGCCUAAAACCCUAGUGGGGGUAAAACCGGAAAAAGCCGCAGCAUCUCCUCCCUCCCCUCCCCUCCCCUUCCCCGCGCCGCCCAUCAUCGGCACCUCACCGCCGGCGACGGGAGGACGCGGCGAACCCCGGAUAGCAUCGCGCGGCGUCAACUCGGCCUUCUCCCCGCUCUCACCGGUUCUUCUGCUUGACCUCGCAAGAUCAUUCUGCGCAAGGUGCCUGAUCCCCCGCCCAGCGAUAGGGAAUGUUGAAGACUGCUUCUUUGAGAUUGUUGCGAGAUGGGGGUUUCCGGCAAUCUUCCCAAGUACUCCUGGCUGGGUAUUCUGAAAUGGUUGACCCUUUGAUGCGGAGGUUUUGCUCCAUGCCCAUUGAGAGCCUCACAAGCAGCGAAGUUGAUGGUGAUGCCUCGUAUCAGGAUGCUGCUGAUCAGCCUCAUGACGACUCUGAUUGUGGUAGUGAGCACAGUCAUGGCAUCAGGGCAGUGAGGAAACAAGGCAAGUAUCAAGGACCCAAGAAGAAACAUGGACCUUCUAAGAGGGGCCGCCGUGGAAAGAAAUCGCCAGGAGGUGAUGGACCUUCUCGGGAGGGCUUUCAUCAUGAAAUGAGAUUUCCAGGCAGGGAAGGACCUUUUCAGAGAGGCCGCCAUCAUGAAAAGAAAUUGCCAGACACGCCUGUCCAACCUUUUCUUUUCCAGAUGGUAUUGGAUACUCCUAUGAGUACUCUUAUAACUGUACUUGACACAUGGGUGCGAGCCGGUAACUGUCUGGAAAGAAGCGAAGUCUUGUUGGUUUUGUUCCAUCUGAGGAAGCAGAGACUGUAUAGCAAGGCUUUGAAGUUCAUGGAUUGGAUCGAAAGAAGAAAACUACUAAAUUUUGAAGAUCGUGAUUAUGCUUGCCAUCUUGAUUUGAUAGCACGGAACCAGGGUUUUGAAGCUGCUCAAAAGUACAUUGAGAGGGUCCCUACACCCUUCAGGAAUGAGGUGCUCUAUGAAACUCUACUUGUUAACUGUGUAUGUCAGGAUGAUGUCCGGAACGCACAGCAAGUCUUCAACGAAAUAAGGGAACUCUCUUUACCUUUAACUGUUUCUGCUUGCAACCAAAUGAUAUUGCUGUACAAGAGGGUUGCUCGUAGUAAGGUAGUUGACAUUCUCACUUUGAUGGAAAAAGAAAAUAUAAAGUUUUCUCAUUUUACAUACAAGCUCCUGAUUGACAUGAAAGGGCGGGCAAAUGACCCAUUAGGCAUGGAGUCGGUCUUAAAUAUUAUGAAGGACAAUGGUCUUGAGCCAGAUUUUGCCACACAGACAAUGGUUGCUAAAUUCUACAUAUCUUGGGGCCUCAUGGAGAAAGCAGAAGAGGUUAUAAGGGCUAUGGAAGUAUCUGUAAAGGAUAGUCGUAAUGCCACCAGGUCUCUUCUUGACCUCUAUGCUAUUCUUGGCAGGCCAGAUGAUGUAGAGAGAAUAUGGAACUCAUACACCACCCCGAAGUUGGAGGACUUCUUGGCUGCUAUUGAGGCAUGGAGUAAACUUGGACGUAUCAAACAAGCGGAAGAGACCUUUGAAGCGCUGGUAAAAACAUCACCAAAGCUCACCUCCAAGUACUUAAAUGCCAUGCUGAACGUGUAUGCAGAACACAAACUUCUGGCCAAGGGCAAAGAGUUUCUAGAAAGGAUGCAUUUGGAUGGUUGUCCAAUCAGCCCUCUAACCUGGGAUGCAAUUGUUAAGCUCUAUGCAAAUUCAGGUGAGUUAGCGAAAGCGGACUCAUUUCUGGCGAAUGUGACAGAAGAGAAUCCUGACAGAAAUCCCCUCUUUGGUUCAUACACUACCUUACUGAGGGCCUAUGCAAAAAAGGGCGACAUACAUAACUCCGAGAAAAUAUUUGAUAGGCUAAAGCAGAUCAGGUACCCAGGGAGGAAGCCGCCUUAUUAUUUGUUACUUGCAGCCUAUGCCAGUGCCCAUGUUACACCGUACGGGUUCAGAGAAAGGAUGAAAGCUGACAAGGUGCGCCUGACCAAGACUGGUAUAGAAUGUUUGAGGCGUCUCGAUGGCUUGCAAACGAUAGAGUAUUAGAGUGUUUUUGGUUUCCUUUUCAUCCCUUUGCCAUGGACCACCCCUGCCCGAAGAGGUGGCCUGAAGCUGUGUAGGAUAGAAGAAUCUAUUACCAGGCUGCUGCUGUCUUUCCAGCAUGGAAUUAAUUUGGAAUCUGUUGUCCUAGGAUGCUUGGUUUGGGAAGAUUAUCAAAGUUUUAGGCGAGUUGCUAUUUUUGGAUUACAAAAAUGGAGAUCUUCAGUUUGGGAUUGGAUUCUAGAUCUUGUCCUUUUGUAACAUGAAUCUCAAGGCCUGCAAUAUAAGCUAUACUCCCUCCAUCCAUUUUUGAUUGAUA